UUUCUUUGACAGUGGUUCGCUGUCCAAUUCGUCUCCUAUUGAGAAUCCCAAUUCACUUAUCAGAAGUAGAAAAUUUCUCAAAAAGAGAGAUGAAUGCAAACUCAAUUUCUGCUUCUCUGAUCUGCCACCCUCGAAUGGUCACAGUCCAGCACACUCUCGCAGCUGCUUUCUAGUCGCCUUCUAUGGAAUCGUCCUCCAAUUCACUAUCAAACUCUGCCGCUUCGUCUGUUGCUCAAGCUCCCACUAUGCGACCCAAAGAAGAACAGGAGGUGACGAGUGCCAAUGCGAAAGAAGAGGUCAAGGAGAAGAAAGUGCCUGAAGAGAAAACGUUGAAAAGGAGCCCCAUUGAGCUCUUAGAAGAGGCACAAAAUGAGAAGUUCAAGAGAUAUGAAGCUGAAUGCACCCAAUAUUUAAUGUCCAAGUACUUUUCAGACAAGACUAUCUUUGGAGGAAAUAUUUUUGAUGUCAAAAUGACUAUAGAUGGAGAGCCAAUCAAAGUAAGCAGGUUUCCGGGGUACCUUUCUUAUGCUGAUCCGGCUAAUUUUCAAGACGAGAGCAGCUGCUCAUCAAAUUCCACUGCCGGAACUCCAACAUGCAGUGCUAAUGGGAACCACCAUACUUCUUUGAAGAAUGAAAACUCUAAUAUCUGAUCUCCUUUACCUUUUGCUGCAAAUGCUCUCUGGUGACUGGUAUAGUCUUUGAUCACCCUAUUAAGGGGAAGGCACUUUCAUACUCCAGCUUGUACUCAAAUCGCUUAAAAAAGGUUGAAGCUGCCAACUAGCCAUUUUAACCUUUAAGAAUUAAUCUGUGUACGAACAGGGAGAAUCAUCUGCAUAUCACAUGAUGUAUUUGAACUUGGAAACUGGCGUGUCUGAGAAGACAAUACCUUUUAGCAUGUCAAUAGUGGAAUUGUACUUUCUCUAUUUUAAGAUUGUGUAUACCUAAGUUCUGGUUCCAAGUAGAUAAGUGAACUCCAAAACAAGGUAAACCAGCACCUUAAAUAUUUAUUUUAUCGUGUUCGAACCUCUUUUGAAUCACAAAUUAUAAUGUGGGAUCUGCACACCUUCCAUCGGCCACAAACGAC